AUGUGGAUCAAUUUUGGACCGCAACACCCUGCUGCUCAUGGCGUUUUGAGACUCAUACUGGAACUUGAUGGUGAAACCGUUGUUCGACUGGAUCCGCACAUUGGAUUUUUGCAUAGGGCAACUGAAAAACUGAUGGAGAGCAAGCAUUACAAUCAAAAUCUGCCUUUUAUGGACCGGUUAGACUAUGUCUCAACGAUGGCAAAUGAACAGGGUUAUGCAAUUGCAGUUGAGAAGUUGCUUAACAUAGAAGUUCCCUCCAGAGCUAAAGCGAUAAGAGUUUUGUGCUCCGAGCUAUCACGAAUAGCAAACCACCUUUUGAAUGUUUCGGGUACAGUGUUAGAUGCCGGUGGCAUAACUCCAUUCUUUUGGAUGUGUGAGGAGAGAGAGAAAAUUUACGAAUUGUUCGAGCGACUUUGUGGUGCCCGUGUCCACAAUGCCUAUUUGAAGCCAGGAGGAGUUGUAAUGGAUUUGCCUAUUGGAUUUUUGGACGAUGUCUACGAGUUUUGCAGUAAGCUUGGCGAGCGUUGCGAUGAAACUGAGGACCUCGUUACAGGAAAUAGAUUAUAUUACGCUAGAACGGCUGGAAUUGGAAUAGUUAGCGCUCAUGAAGCACUUAAUUUAGGGUUUACCGGUCCAAUGCUACGAAGCACUGGAGUCAAAUGGGAUUUACGCAUUGCACAUCCAUAUGACGGGUAUGAUUUAUAUGAUUUUGAUGUACCCGUGGGCACAUUCGGGGAUUGUUAUGACAGGCACUUACUUCGAUUAUGCGAGUUGCGGGAGUCUAUAAGGAUUAUUAACCAAGUGAUCGAUACUAUACCCGAAGGCGAAAUUCGUAACGAUGAUUCGAAAAUAUCACUUCCAUUGAGACACGAAAUGAAGACAUCGAUGGAGGCGCUAAUACAUCAUUUUAAGCUGUGCACCGAAGGUUAUUUGGUGCCACCCGGCGCCACCUACACCGCUGUUGAAUGCCCUAAAGGAGAAUUAGGCUUGUACAUGGUUGCAGAUGGCACGUCAAAGCCUUAUCGUGUUCAUUUACGACCGUGCUCUUAUAACCACUUGUCUGGAAUUACUGUGUUGGGCAGAAGGUGUAUGCUGGCUGAUGUAUGCAUUCUCAUUGCCAGUUUAGACAUAGUAUUCGGUGACGUAGACCGU